UCAUUCUUAUGGAGGACUGCACUUUUUGGGAAGUGCCAAUAUGGCCGACUGGUGGCUUCAGAGCCUCUCACUUACCAAUACAUCAGCAAUCCAGGAUGUAUCAGGGGAGAUUGUAGAAGAGAGUGUGGGGCGUAGCGGCGGAGAGGGUGUUUUCGUUUGGCUCUAACAUGAUACCAGUAACGGGAACACAGCUAUGGGACAGUAGACAUAUCCUUGAUUUCAUGCAUUUCGGCGGUAACGCUAUCUGGCUCACUGCUAGGACGACUAUCAAAAAAGGAUGGGUGGCGCAGAAUAAAUGAAUGAAGGCGAAUGAUUUUGGAAAAACUAGCAGCAGCAAUUGACAGAGAAGUUGCGCAGGCUACAUAGCCCAGGGCUAUCAUAACAGCCUCGUAAACCGUUUUGCAUGUAGAUGCAUUCACGUCAACAGCAUCAUGAAGAAGGUGACAUAUGGCGUUUGUGUUGUGUCUACGUUCCUACAUUGUCUUAGAUAACACAGUGACACGGCGUUCACAGCAAGAUUUGUAGCCGCAUAAGAUCAUUUCAAAGAAUCACUUCAUCGCGGAUCUCAAUUUGGAGGAUUGGCCUAUUUUUACGGUAGGGCGGGGGUGAAAAAUCCAGUAGUACGCUAGUUGAAGUGACCCGUCAGAAUACCGGGAACAUUUUCAGUUGAAUGUAUCGCCCAUUUAACUCAAACAAAAUGAUGAAUUCGAUGGUCUUUGCUGAGGCUUUGUCAUCUUCGGGUGCCGCUAGGUUCCCAGUAGGAGCGCCAGCCUCUGGUGCUAGGGUGUCUAGUGCCCUACGGAACGAUUUGGGUUCCAACAUUCAUGCCUUGAAAACCCUUAACCUGCGAUUUCGAUGUUUCCUAGCUAAAGUUCAUGAAUUGGAGCGUAGAAACAAGUUGUUAGAAAAUCAACUACAGGAAGCUUUAGAGCAAUCCCGCUACAGAGCCUACUUUAGCCGAGAACAAGCCACCCAAACGGGAUAUUUUGACUUAUUUCUGGCUCGGCCACGGGUACCCGGUACGAUAUGGAGCUUUUCCCAAACAAGGAGGUUUGGGGACCGAAUCGAGACUUUCCACAGCCCCGGGGUGUCUUGGAUGCAGCCGGAUGGUGUUGGAGUUCAAGUCGACACCGUCACCCCUGAACUGCGAGCCCUUUACAAUGUGUUGGCUAAAGUCAAAAGAGAUAGAGAUGAGUACAGAAAAAAAUGGGAGGAGGAGCUGUCUAAGCGCCAGCAGCUGGAGGCCGUGGUGGAGACACUACAGGAGAGUGCCCAGGAGUCUGAAGUGGUUCAGGUGGAGCUCACUGAGAAGGUGGAGAGACUGAAGACAGAGCUGGUGGUCUUCAAGAGCCUCAUGAAUGACAAUAAACACCCAACCAACUUUCAAUUGUGCGGACUGGUUCAACUUACUGAAAUGUCAGACUUGGACACUGCGAUCCAGAAGAAGGCCAUGAAGGUGGACAUGGACAUCUGCAGACGCAUUGACAUCACGGCCAAGCUUUGUGACGUGGCUCAGCAACGCAAUUCAGAAGACAUGAGCAAGAUGUUCAACAUGAGCCCACACAUGAGCCCCUCCAGAGCACCCCCAGAGAGCAAAGGGGCUGCAUCUUGCAGGAGGAAAGAGCGUAAGGCUGUCUACGAGGAGAGGAGUCCUGAGAUUGAAACUGAGUCUGGUGGUGGAGAGGAGGAUGAAGAGGAGAAGGAGCAGGUCGUAGAGUCACUCAACAUCACAGACGAGAUGAAACGCAUGCUCAAUCAGUUUCACUGUCUCUGUUGUUUUCUCUCUUCCCUGUCCUCUUCAUUUGCGAACCCUUUUAAAAUGUGCAUGCCUUUCCGUUUGGUUUUGGCUUUCCUCCUUUCUUUUUUGUCUUCUCUCUUUUCUCCCCUCCCUUUCCACCUCCAUGCCUCCUCUCUUUUUCUCUGUCCCUCCCUCUCCCCUCUUCUCCCUCCCUUUCUUCUAUGCAGAACUUGCUCAGAUGAUAAUUCCUUUGUCACCAGGAGAGAGACGUUUGACUUUGAUGACGACUGUGACAGCCUAACUUGGGAGGAGAAUGAGGAGACACUGCUCCUCUGGGAGGACUUUGCCAACUACAACACCCCCUGUGCUGCAGCCAGUGCUGCUGCAGCAGAAGGACAGGGGGAGGGCCCUGGGCAGGCCUCUCAGGAUGGCAGUUUGGGCAGCCUGAUCGACGAGACCGAGAUGCUCUUCCAGAACCGAGAGAAGGAGUACCAGGAGACCAUGGGUCAAAUAGAGUAUGAGUUGGCUACAGCUAAGAGUGAUAUGAACCGUCACCUACAAGAGUACAUGGAGAUGUGUUCUAUGAAGAGAGGCCUGGAUGUGCAGAUGGAGACCUGCAGGAGACUCAUCAAGGGCUCAGGGGGCACCGGCAGGAACUCUCCAUCGUUCAGCUCGGUAGCGAGCAGCGACUCAGGGAACAGUGAUGAGAUCCAGGAGGAGCUGGAGAAGGACGGAGAGGCAGUAGGAGGGGUCAGCUGAUAACUGACCCUUGACCCUCCGGCCCCUGGCUACCCCACCACCUGACCCAGAGAAGAUGAUGGAGGAAAUGCCUUUGUUCCUCAAUGCUGUGGUCCCCCUUUUCUUCAGCAGGUUUCCAGUUGAUCUAAGAGGAGCCCUGUGGAAUCUAUUGGUGCUUCACCGGUUUACCCACAUAAGGAUGAACUUGUAUUCCACAAUAAGGUGCAGUGUUGGUUCCUCCUCACUGCUCCUCAUUGGCCUACCACUGAUCUGAGGGGUCACCCCUACUAAACACAAGUAUCUCCACACACACUCAACUUACUGUACACCUAUGGUCAUUUUACUGUGUAUUCACCCCAGUAUUCAUCCUAACCAUGUUAAGAUAAAGGAAACCGGACAUAUUCAGCCAUUAGUGAUCUAGCAAAGCAUUCAGUGGUCCAUAUGAUAUAUUUAAGCAAUAAGGCCCGAGGGGAUGUGGAGUAUGGCCAAUUUAUUACGGUUAAGGGCUGUUCUUAAGCACGACACAACGUGGAGUUCCUGGAUACAGCCCUCAGCCGUGGUAUAUUGGCCAUAUACCACAAACCCCGAGGUGCCUUAUUGCUAUUAUAAACUGGUUACCAACGUAAUUAGAAGAGUCAAAAUAAAUGUUUUGUCAUACCCGUGGUAUACGAGCUGAUAUACCACGACUUUCAGACAAUCAGCAUUCAGGGCUCGACCCCACCCAGUUUAUAAUUCAAAAUAAGGGCAAGGUUCUAUUAGAUCCACGCUAGCCGACAUCUGCAGAGCAGUUGUUUUGGUGGUGCCUGAGGUGGAACUGCAUUAGAACUGUCAAAUCCACAAGCGGCUCCGAGCAUUAUACCUAAAGCAGACAUCGCCGUUAGCUGCAGAGUCGCAUUAACAGAAAUCCCAUGCAGCGUUGUUUACAAGUUGGAACACUGAACCGUGAGACAUAAUCUGCACCUGGAUUAGGCUGAUAGAAAUCCUCAUUCAGUUUAAUGAUUUUCAAUUUGAGCAUCAUUAUUUCUACAUACAGUUGAAGUCGGAAGUUUACAUACACUUAGGUUGGAGUCAUUAAAACUCGUUUUCAACCACUCCACAAAUUUCUUGUUAACAAACUAUAGUUUUGGCAAGUCGGUUAUGACAUCUACUUUGUGCAUGACACAAGUCAUUUUCCCAACAAUUGUUUACAGAUUAUUUCACUUAUCACAAUUCCAGUGGGUCAGAAGUUUACAUACACUAAGUUGACUGUGCCUUUAAACAACUUGGAAAAUUCCAGAAAAUGGUGUCAUGGCUUUAGAAGCUUCUGAUGGGCUAAUUGACAUGAGAAAGGAAAAUGAUGUGGAUAUAUUGAAGCAACAUCUCAAGACAUCAGUCAGGAAGUUAAAGCUUGGUCGCAAAUGGGUCUUCCAAAUGGACAAUGACCCCAAGCAUACUUCCAAAGUUGUGGCAAAAUGGCUUAAGGACAGCAAAGUCAAGGUAUUGGAGUGGCCAUCACAAAGCCCUGACCUCAAUCCCAUAGAAAAUGUGUGGGCAGAACUGAAUAAGCGUGUGCAAGCAAGGAGGCCUACAAACCUGACUCAGUUACACCAGCUCUGUCAGGAGGAAUGGGCCAAAAUUCACCCAAGUUAUUGUGGGAAGCUUGUGGAAGGCUACCCGAAACAUUUGUCCCAAGUUAAACAAUUUAAAGGCAAUGCUACCAAAUACUAGGAUUAAAUGUCAGGAAUUGUGAAAAUCUGAGUUUAAAUGUAUUUGGCUAAGGUGUAUGUAAACUUCCGACUUCAACUGUAACCUACAUUUUUUCAUUCAGAACUCUGGCUUAGUGGCAAUGAUCACAAGAGCAGCUGCUCCCCUAUUUGACAGCGUCAACGCAGUUACACCUCCGACACCGGCAAAAUAUCAGCUGUGUGGGUGUUGGCUAUCGCCGUUUAAAGCUUGAUCUGAUUGAAUCUAGGCCUACGCGUUGGCAGGGGAAAUUAAUUUCACGUACUGGACACGAGGUCAAUCUUCACUCACUGAAGUCAGAUUUAGAUUCAUUCGGAGAUUGCCUUAAUGUAGAUGCCAUUGCUUAUGCGCAUACAAAGAAGGCCCAGAGUGCCUUUGCAGGUACUGUAUGAAUUGGUAAACUUGUCCAAGUUCCCCCAUAUCUGGACAUCACAGGAGGGGUAAAACUUGAGUUGAAGUACUGUACUAUGCAAUAAGCAAGCCUUAUUUUUCUGGACUAACCUCCAUUACUUAGUUUUUUUUGCUGGGAAAUGAUGAUCCGUCUGUUAAUCUGACAGCCUAGAAGACUUGGGGCCAGAUAUACUUAUAAUUUGCACCAGUGCAAAUGUGCACCUAUCAUUUUCAGAAGGGAAUCAAAGAGACCAAAAUACAAAGCUAAAAGCUCUUUACCUUUUUCCUAACUUUUUAUGUUAGAAAUCUCUCUAAAAAUGAACCGGUUUCAAACAUUGCACCAGUGCCAAAGCUCAGCACAUCUGGCCUCAACGUGGUGUGUCAAAUGACUCCACUCUCUCUGAGGAAUGGUGUCACUCAGUAUUUUCAGAGGGUAAAUAUGACCAAAUAUGGUCAUCUAAAUAAUACCCGUGUGCCUACUGAUACACUAGCCUGGUCUCAGAUCUGUUUGUGCUGUAAAGCCAACUCCUAUGGUCGAUUUGGCAUUAGAACAACCAUAGGAGAUGGCAAGACAGAGCAAACCGAUCUGGGACCAGGCUUACUGAUAUGCUGGACUCAGAAUCAAUAUGAAUUGCCUUAUUACAUUGUUUUAUUUUUGUUAAAUGCUACUUUAGCACUAACAUUUAUGAAUCAUGAUACACACAGCCUGUUAUUGAUGUACUGUAUGUCUAGAUUUCAUUAUAGUUUGUAUGCUCUACAAAAAUGGAAGAGCAAUUUUGAAUCGUAUAAAGGGAUAAUCAUGUGUAAAUUGAUUUUUGACAUUCGUAUUUGAAUAUAUCUGUUAGUUUCUUUGGGAACAGUCAUGGGUGCCAGGGAUUUGCUAGCUGCGAGAUUCAUAUUUGUAUUUUAUGUGCAGAAUGCAGCUGAAUGCAGAUGCUUGCAAAUCUACUGUGUGACUGAACCAUAUAUUUAAUAAAAAUUGUUU